AUGACCUUGACGACCACCAGCCUCCAGGCGGCCAGGCCGUUCGUUCAACCGUGCUUCUUUGAUCCCACGUUAGACGAGCAAAAGCCCCAGUUAUCGGUUGAUAUCCGUGAAAACGCGAACUACUACUACUCGCCUGCCUGCUAUUCAACAACGACAGUCAAACUCGAUCCUAGCGCACCGCUAGGCCAGCCCGAGUAUCGAACGCCACCGAACUCACCGGGCAAACUCAAAAAGCCCUCGCCACGAAGCCGGACAAUGUCCUUUGCGCGCCAAAUCGUCGACCCCAGACCACCACUGUCCAUAUCCUCCGGCUUUUCGACCUCCGCCGUCGCCACCGUUGCCACCGCGACCUCCACGAGCACGAGCACGAAAUGGCGGCCGUUCAAACGCACAACCUCCGCACAGGAUAACGCCGCCCUCCAGCAGCGACCUCAUGCCAUACAGACGCUGCAGCGCACCGGCUUCCACCUCGCCUCGACCUCGAUGCCCAGCACCAGCAAGGCCGUGGCGCGGCCGCUCCCCACCAAGUCGGAGGACUCGAGUGCGGUGGUCGCGCCCUACGUCGCGAUCUACGACUACUUCAGCCACCCGACACACUCCCUCCUGCACCCGGUCUCCACGAUCGAGCACUACUGGGCGAUGCGCGCCGCGGUCGCGGAGAAGCUCCUCGAGGCGCACGCGGCGCACAAGACCGAGCUGACCGCCGCGGCUCAUGCGCACGAGGAGCGCAGACUGCGCGAGCUGGCCGAUCUCGACACCCGCUUCACACAUAUCGCGCGGAUGGUGUGGACGAUCCUCGCCGCCGCCGCGCUCUCCAUCCUCGCGGCACUCUACCUCGCGCUCCGGCUCUCGGCUCCUCCACCGCCCGCGCCGUCGACGGGGCCGAUGCACUUCACGAUCCCAGUGCUCUCCCCGUUCGCGUCCGUGGUCGAGCACGAGACGUCGGCCGUGAACACGCCGCUAGUCGCCGUCCUCCUCCUCGCGGCUGGGCUCGCGCUGUUCCUCUGGCUCAAGUGCGGCUGCGGCCGCCGGUGA